AUGGGCUUCUCUCUCCACACACUCGCUGUCUCAGCCUUGGUUGCUACCAGCUAUGCCUCCCCUCUGAUCCACUCCCGGGCAAGCAACACAUCUUAUACCAACUCCAAUGGCCUGAAGUUCAACCACUUCAAUGGAUCUCUGCCUAACAUCACCCUUCUCGCUACCGGCGGCACAAUUGCCGGCACAAGUGACGACAAGACCGCGACGGCAGGCUACGAGUCCGGAGCACUGGGCAUCAACAAGCUCCUCUCCGGUAUCCCCGACAUCUUCAACAUUGCCAACAUUGCCGCCGUACAAGAAGGCAAUGUCAACAGCGGAGAUGUUUCCUCCUCCCUGCUGCUAAACCUCACCCACACCCUCCAAACCCAAGUCUGCGACGACCCAACCAUGUCCGGUGCCGUGAUCACCCAUGGCACCGACACCCUCGAAGAAUCCGCAUUCUUCCUCGACGCCACCGUCAACUGCGGCAAGCCCAUCGUAUUCGUUGGAUCCAUGCGCCCCUCCACCGCGAUCUCCGCAGACGGCCCCAUGAACCUCCUGCAGGGCGUCACCGUUGCCGCUGACGAAGACUCCAAGGACCGUGGUGCGCUGGUCGUGCUCAACGACCGCAUCGUCUCUGCUUUCUGGGCUACCAAGACCAACGCCAACACUAUGGAUACCUUCAAGGCUUACGAGCAGGGAAGUCUUGGCUUCAUUGUCUCUAACAAGCCUUACUUCUAUUACCCCGCUGUGCAGCCCAAUGCCAAGCACGUCGUGAACGCGACUGGCAUCGACGCUGUUCCGCGCGUCGAUAUCCUCUAUGCGUACGAGGAUAUGAAGACCGACUCCCUUACCAGCGCUGUCAAGAAUGGUGCUGAGGGUAUUGUUGUUGCCGGCGAGGGUGCUGGAGGUAUCUCCACUGAUUUCGCUUCUGCUAUCGUCGAGAUUGUGGAAAAGCACAACAUCCCCGUUGUUCUGUCUCACCGCACCGUCAACGGCGAGGUGCCUACUGCUGAUAUCAUGGGCGAUAACGCUAAGACUCAGAUUGCCAGUGGCAUGUACAACCCGCAGCAAUCUCGGGUUCUGCUGGGUCUGCUUCUGGCGGAGAAGAAGGAUCUCAAAGAGAUUCGUGAGGUCUUCCUGAAGGCCACUGUUGCUUAG